CCUGUGUUCUUUUAUAGAGAAGUUAAUUUUAUCUUAUGUGAGCAGGAAUUGUGUGAAAUCUUUAUUAUCUGUACUUUCCAGGUUUCUUUGUUAGACCUGAAGUCUACCGAAUUCGUUCAUGUUCACAACAAGGCUAUCAAGGACCUGGCCUUCCAUAGCAAUGAUGCCCUUGUUCUAACCGCAUCUCUGGACAGAACAUUGAAACUUACAAAUGUUAUCAGUAAUAAUGUUGUCCAAACAUAUCCUGUGCCUGCUGAUGCUUGGAGCUGUGUAUGGAGUAAAGAUAAUUGUUGUUCUUUUUAUGCUGGAUUAAAAAAUGGUUCAGUGCUUCAGUUUGAUACUCGGAUGACCAAUGGUCAUGUUCAUCAGCUUCCAGGUGCAGGAAAUUCGUCUCCUGUUGUAGCUCUUCAAUACGUAGAGAGUCGGCCUUGCGUUGGCUUAAGUAUGGGUGGUCUUUUGGUAGGCCAGCUAUCAGCAUGUUUUAUGUAUGAAUCUAAAGCCGAACAAGAAUAUAGGAUCCACCCUCUUCCAGUUGAAGGAAACUUUACAUCCCUUUGCUACGAGUCGUCAACCAACCAUAUUCUAAUUUCUUGUCGCCCGUCUAAUAAACAGCCACAAGUUACUCACAUGGUGUGUCAACUAAGCUUGUCCAAUGUUAGUAGUGAUCCCACCAUUGUGGACACUAAAUGUGCAUGUAAUGUGGUUCAGGUCCUUCAUGGUGGUCAAAAACAGAUUCAGAUCUCCAGAUCUCGUCUAUUUCCUAAUCCGAAAGAUGAUACUUCCGUCGUGGUUUGUGGUGGAGAUGAGAGUGCUAAAGCGGCCCUGCUCUGGAAUGUGAGUUCUGGAAAAUGUUUUCAACGUCUUCAAGCCAAUUCUCCGAUUUUAGAUAUCACAACACUUAAUAUCAAUAAUAAGUUCUAUUUGGCUACCCUCACUGAACGGAUGUUGGAUGUUUACAAAUGGUCAGGUAGCUGAGAAAAUAAACAAAUUCGGCAAAAAAAAAACCCCAGAAAGCUGUUGUGUAAAAGUAAUGUAAAUAUAUAUAUAUACUGCCCAUAACAAAUGAUAAUUAAACAUCUUUAUCACGUGACUUAAUUAUGAUCCUUUUAUAAAUAUCUCCAGAAUCAAUUUUUUUAAAACUAAAAGGAAGAAAGUUAAAAUUCAAUAAGAACACAUACAAACUAGAGAAAACUUGGCUUUAGAAUAAUAUAUAUAUGUCAAAAUGUGUAUAUAUUUUUUUUAAAAUAGUUUUGAAUUUUAUGGUUUCUCCAUAGUUGAAAAACAAAAGGUACACAGGCUCAGUAUGGUUAUGCAUCAAAUAUUAAUAACUUGUAUGAAAACACCUUUUUUUAAAAAAAAAAGAAUUUGAAAUAAAAACAUUUUUUAUAUAGAAUAAAUUUAUGUGAAAUGUACCAGAUAUUUCCGUCAUGUAUAUAUUGGAAAAUCUUCUCAGAAAAUUAGGUUUUUGAUGAUGGUAAUGACAUUCAAAUAAAACUAUUAUGGAGUGAAUUCCUUGAAUUGUUAUAGUCUCUCUGCUUGCAGUGGUUCUUUUUAUAUGUGACUCUUUUGUGGGUGCUUAUUUCUGAUGUACUUGUUAUAGAAAGCCACACCUUAUUUUAAUACAAUUAUCACAGUUUUUGGCUAGUCAGAAUCCAGUACACUUCUUGAUCUUACAAAAUGACCUAUUUGGAUUUUCCACGCGAAAAAAAUGGCCAAGGUUAUAAGUGUCGUAAUGAAAGGAUGGCUGGAGAAGUUGACAAUUCGGUUGGGACUGGUUGGGGGUAAGAAACAGAACUUAGUUUUACAGUAUUGAUUAUGAACAAACAAAGGUAAAAUAACCAGUAACUGCUCAGUAUAGGGUGACACCUGUAGGGAAAGUCUCAGAGGACUAAUUUACAAAAGCAGCUCAGGUAGAAAAGACGAUGUUUCCAAAGGCUUUCGGAUUUUGUGUGUGUAAGGUUUAAGGACGUAAUACCCAUCGAGAACAAGACAGGAAGAAUACACUAGAGAGCUUAUAUUAAAAAAAAAAAAAUCCGUGCUUGGCAUACACCCAAAAUAUUUUCAAUUUUUUCCCAUUUUUUUAUCCCUACAUUUGGUGUAAACCUGGAAGUUUUAAUUACAGAGUACGUCAUUUUAAGUAGUCCGCUGGUUUGUGUUAGUUGUAAUCAGAAACCUUUUUUUGCAAUUAAAAAUAUUCAUAGUAAAUUCCGGUUUUUAUUGAUAUUACUGUCAGGUUGGAGAAGAGAUAGAAUGUGCAGCCUUGAAUCCGUAUAUAGUAAACAGUACAGUAAAAAUAAAUCGUGUAUUGAACAUGGAAAAUGCACAAUACAUAAUUAUUACAUAAUGACAUCUGA